AUGGUGAAUGCAGCAAGUGGUGGAGGGCUAGUGAAUAAGACUCCAGGAGAUGCAACUAGGUUGAUUGCAGAGCUAGCAGAAAAUUCUAGGCAAUUCAGUCAGAGAACUCCCACGCGCCGGGUGAAUUUAGCAAAUUCGAAUACAACUGAGUUAGAGAGUCAAGUAGCUGAUUUGACUUCUAUGAUGCGUGAGUUCAUGGUGAACUCAAGGAAUCCACAGCAACUGAAUGCUUGUGGUUUAUGCACCUCCAUGGGACAUCCCACUGAUGCAUGUCCUCAAUUACAAGAGGAGCAGAAUGAGCAGGCCAACGCCUUAGGUUUUCAAGGGCAAGGAUGGAGAGAUCAUCCAAAUUUUAGAUAUGGGAAUUCCCAAGGAAACCAACAACAUCAGCAUGCUCAAGGUCAACAACAGUUUCAGCAAUAUAGGGCACCGUUCCUAACACCUCAAGGCCAAAGCUCUAAUUCAGGUAAUAUGUCAACUGAAGAAAUGAUUAGAUCACUAACUUCUAAUGUUUCUACCAUGCAGCAGAAUAUGAUGCAAUUUCAACAAGAAACCAGAUCAAGUAUUCAAAACCUGGAGAAUCAAGUCAGUCAAAUCUCAAGUGCAGUAAGCCGACUUGAAGCUAAGGACUCUGGAAAGCUUCCAUCCCAAACGGAGCUGAACCCUAAGCAACAAGUUAAUGCAAUAACAUUGAGAAGUGGCAAAAAGUUGCAAGAAACUGUAGUUGCACCUAAGAAGGCUAAAGACUUGAUUGGAGUUGAGGAGGAGGAAGUAGAACAAGAAACUAAGGCGAAUCCGCCAACCUUUACCUCUUAUGAGCCUGUGCCACCUUUCCCAGAAGCCUUGCAAGAUACUCGAAGGUAUGAGAAAGACAAGGAUAUUUAUGAGACUUUCAGCAAAUGUGAGAAACUCCCAGAAAAAUGUGGUGAUCCUGGUAUGUUUACUAUUCCUGUUACAAUAGGAGACACCACAUUACACCGAGCCAUGUUGGACCUAGGUGCAUCAAUCAAUGUCAUUCCCUACUCCCUGUUUAAAUCUUUAGAACUUGGGCCUUUGCAUGAAACUGGGGUAGUAAUUCAGUUAGCUGAUAGGUCCAAUGUAUAUCCUAAGGGGGUAGUAGAAGAUGUACUUGUUAAGGUUGAUGGAUUGAUCUUUCCUGCUGACUUUUACGUCCUUGACAUGGAACAUGACAAACAAGCAGCCCCCAUCCUGUUAGGAAGACCUUUCUUAAAGACUGCUAAGACAAAAAUCGAUGUGUCUACCGGUUCUUUGACUAUGGAGGUUGAUGGGAAAGCAAUUGUGUAUAACAUUUAUGAUACCAUAAAGUAUCCUGUUGAUACUCAUUCUUUAUAUUCUAUAAAUGUUGUCGAUCCAAUAUUGCAUGAUGUUUCUAACAUUGAUCAUGGGGAUGAGCUCCUCACACCUAUUACUAAUGUUGUGUCUGGUGAUUGCUUGGAUUCUUCUAUACCUACUAAUGUGCAGGUGAAGGUGGCGGAAUUGAAUGAACAGUCCAAGCUUCCACCUAUACCACUAGGGGCAACACCCACCCCGUCAUCAUUUCCGGGCAAGAAAUUAUCCCAGGUAUACCACAAAGCAAAGAAUAAGGUGUGGCAUGACAAGAUGAGCUCCCGUUGGAAGGGUCCAAUUCAAGUUGACAAGGUCUAUCCGCAUGGAGCGGUAGAAAUUCGGAGUUUAGAGACCAACAACAUGUUCAAAGUGAAUGGAUAA